ACUCUUUCUCAUACGAAAAUCACAACAAAUUAAAUAACUUCUCUUUCGUUUUUCUCUCUAAAAGUCUAACCCUCUCUCAAAUAUUUCACUUCCAACAGAGAAUUAUACUAUACAGAGAUCAGAGAUGGAGCCAAACAAUUUGCCAAUCAUAGCGAAGAAGUUUUGGAGCAUUGUGAGGGCGGCGCUUUUCAUGUUGAAGCAAGGUAUAUGCAAGAGGAAGCUUAUGCUUGAUCUCAAUCUAAUGCUGAAGCGCGGCAAGAUCGCCGGAAAAGCCGCCAUCCACAGCCUCAUGUUCCACCGCGGCAACCACCACUUGUCCGUCUUCGCAGCCGUGGCCGCCCAACGCCGCUCUUCCUACCCCGACCCGCCUAACGAGUACGAGUUCAGCUGCAGCAACAGCCCCGCCCCCGCGUACAGGAAGAGCAAGCACUCGCUACACUUCCCGUGCGCUCACGCGCCACCCACCGACGACGACGGCGUCGUCACGGUCGACUCGUUCAUGAAGGCCAUGGAGAUGCACAUGUUGCACAGCGAAACGGCGUCCCCUGCGUUGCCGGGAUUCGGGAGGACUCCGCUAGCGAGGCAGCUCAGGGUGACGGACUCGCCCUUCCCGGCGGUGGGAGACGCGGAGGCCGAUUGCCACGUGGACGAGGCGGCGGAGGAGUUCAUUUCCAGGUUCUACAAAGAUUUGAGGGCUGCAAAGGAAUGAAUUUAGAGAGAGAAGUUAAUUUUGUUACGUGGGUUUGCAUUUUGCAUGCAAUAAUACGGGCCGGGUUCUCGGGGUGGGUCGGGUUAUUUUUUCCCUUUUCUUUUUUCCUUGUAAUGCAAUGAAAUUGUGAAGAUUAUAUUAGAAUGGGAGAUGUGAAUAGUGCAUGUCAAUAUUAUAUUGUUGCAUGUACAAAUUACGAAUGGAAAUUAAUUAGUUUUCUU